CGCUAUCCCGAGGUACAUGUAGAAAAACCCGGAAGUACAUUUUGGUGCAUUUUCGGUUCGUCAUUAUCUGAGAAUGUUUGUACACCAGAUCGUUCCUCUGCUGUCUGUAUGUCAGAAUGUCUAUUGAAAGCCAAGAGGACCGGACAGUGGAGGUACUGGGAGUUAUUGACGAGGUGGAGGAUGAGCUGCUGUCUUUGUACUUUGAGAACAAGCGUCGCUCGGGUGGAGGUUGUCUGGAGUCGGUGAACAGGAAAGGGAGCCGGGCAUUACUCCUGUUUGAAAAGGCAGAGGAUGCGGCAAGGGUCCUAUCUAGAAGACCCCAUGUCCUUCACACCGCUGAGCUUACCGUGAGGAAGCCUGCGUGUAAGGACCCAUGUAGGCUGCUGCUGUGUGGAGUUAACCCAAGCACCAGUCAGGAGCUGGUGGAGCUGUAUGUGGAGAACAUGAUGGGCAUUGACGAGGAACAAUACACAUUGUACCCCUCAAGUGGCAGGGACCUGGUUCUAGUGCACUUCCAUCAGGCCUUCAAUAAAGACUUCCAGAAGCUUUCCACAAAGAUCUCUAACAAGUCUCUGGAUGGAGCCCACAUUGUUCUGGAACAGAUAGAUCAGACUGACUCGGUCACAGUGGAGAACCUUCCACCAAGCAUCACAGCAGACACUCUUAGUCUGUACCUGGAGAACAAGCGGAGCGGGCAGAUCAAGGAGGUCACCAUGAUGACAGAGGGGCUGGCCAGGGUCUCCUUCCAGGACUUUGACUCUGUAGAACGUGUCAUUAACCAAACACACAAGCUGAGGGAAACAGAACUGACCAUCAGGCCUUAUUUCUCCUUCCUCCAAUCGGAGGAAAGCUCCUUCUCACCUCAGACCUCUCCCCUGACCUCUGUAAAUGGAACAUCAGACGGUGACACAGUAGACACGCAGCACGAAGACAGCGUCAGUCCGGCACAGACUGGUUCUCUACCAGCAGCCAGUACCAGUGACGACUCUCCGCCCCUCCUACAGUCUGACCCUGAGCCCCAGAGCCACCAGCUGCCCCCUCUCGUGUCCAAGGCAGCAGAAGCCCAAGGAGGCGUGCAGGACCUAAAGUCUCGCCCCGAGCUCCUGUCCAGACGCAUAUCUGUCCCUGACCCAGUGAAUCUCGCCCUGUUCCAGCUCAGUCCCCUACCCCAGAGCCUCCAGCAGACCUACCCAGCGUUUAGCAUCCAGAUAAGGGAUGAAGGGAUCUGCGUGUCAGGGCCUGACCAACAGGGCCUGGAGCAACUGGAGAACACUGUGUUGGAGUUCCUCGGGGACGUGGCCCAGGUUCACAUCCCUUUUGACCCAGAGAAGGCCCGCUUCCUGGCUAAGCAGGAAGUGAAGGACAGGGUGCUGCAGACGCUGAGGGAUGGCGGGCUGCCGUGCGUGUACAGCGUGUCCGACUGCAUGGUAAUGUUAGCGUCUCUGUCGUUCAGCUUGGUGAGCGAGGCGUGCAGCACGUUGAAGGACCUUCUCAGGGACUUCAGCAUCCCCGUGGACGGAGAGUAUGAGUGUGUGUUGUAUUCUCAGGAGUGGAAUGACUUCCUCCCGUCUCUAGGCCUCUGCACUGCUCAGGUGUCAGAGAGAGGAGGCCAGAUUAAUGUGCUGACUCUGAGAGGGUUGGAGGAUGAGAAGAAGUCUAAGAUGGUUAAGUUCCUCAGUACACCCAUUAAGAAGGAAGCUGUCAUCACUAUGAAGUCGGGCAUGUUGAAGUACAUCCAGACCCACCAUCACCAGCUACUGGCUGACAUGCACUACGUUUCUAUUGUCCCUCUGGAAACCCCUGACAUGUGUGGACUCAGAAUCCACGGCAGUCCAGGCCCUUGUCAAAUGGCUGAACAGGUUCUUCAGGAUGUGGUGUCGUCCACCGUGACCAGAACCAUCACUGUGAACAAGCCGGGCGUGGCUCGGUUCCUUCUGGAGGAGGGAGAGGGGGCCAGCAUCCUUAGGGAGAUGCAGGCCAGGUUCCAGGUCUACAUUGACAUGGUGGAGGUCCACUGGAAACCCUUGGAGACUGAGGACAUCUUUGAGGCUGCGUGGAAAAUGAUGUUAAAUCAUAACUUCCCGAGAAGGUCUUCAGAUGUUUUCCUGCAGUCCUCUCCAGACCUGGCUCACGCUGACCAGAACAGUAAUAAUCUCUCAGCUCCUGACAGUGGUCUUUUGGAGGAGGCGAAGAAGCUGUUCUCAGCCAUAGAUGAGCCCGUGGACUCUGGCCUCUCCGGGCCGACCACACCCACUGACAUGGAGGAAGAGGAUCUGUGUACAGCCCAGGAACCCAUGGCCCUCAGCGCUGAUAUCUGGGUGGAAGAGAAGACUCCAAUGCUGACGGAGGGAGGGGGUCAUGACGCCACUGCUCUGGGUGCCUCUACCUUGGACGAGGUGGCUGAACUGUCCCUGGCCAUCCAGUACUCCAUGGAGAGCACUAAGAGCUUUGCGACCGAGGAGGAGGAGCUGCAGAAGGCACUGGAGAUGUCCAUGAAGAUAACCGAGCACGAUGGAAGCAAUGACGUGGACAUCGCUUCCCUCCCAGCAGCCGGCGCUCGCCACGAUAAGUCUGCCCACGAGUCUCUGCAGGACGAUAUCCAGUCAGCCAACACAGCAACCAUCUAUGUGUUCGCUGGCUACAACUCUGACUUAAUUAGAGUGGACAUUGCCCUGAGCAAGAAAGUCAACCUGAGGCAGCAUGUGGAGAAGCUAGAGCAUCGUAGUCUCAGGAGCAUCUCAGAGUACCACAGGAAGUGUCUGAACCUCAUCAAGAGGAAACACGCCGUGGACGUCACCAUCCAGGGAACCACAGCAACUGUCACCGGUUUCAAGGACUUUGUUACCGGGGCGAUGUCGGAUAUGAAGCUAUUGCUGAGGAGGAUCGCCACGGUGACAUCAGACUCUGAUGUCCUGAGUACAGUGCAGUGGGUGUGGCAUGAUCCAGCAGCGUCUGGGACAACGACUCCAUACCCUCCGGAGGUGAUCGUGUUCAUGGAGAAUGCCUGCAAAAUGAAGCAGAAGAAGAUGGACAUCCUUCUCAACAAUCAACCUCACAUCAUCAACUUUGAGAAGAUGCAGGAAUACAAUGUGGCUUCUGGGAAGUCAGUAACCAUCUCCAGGAAAAUGCUAAGUUCUGGAGAUUUACAAGACAGGGACUACAGUCUGUCUAACCUGCCAGAAACUUUCAGGCUGAACGAGGAUUCAGAUGAGUUCCAGGAUGUUAAAAAAGACUUCUAUGCUUCAAUACAGGAGUAUCACAACAAAAUCAGAAUUGUUAAGGUUGAGAAGCUGAUGAAUGGUCUUCUUUACAACCAGUACAAACUAAAGAAGGCUAGUAUGAAUCAAUGUGUUAAUGGGCCAGAUGUGGAGCGGACUCUGUACCACGGCACAAGCGAGAACAGCGUGAAAGAAAUAUGUGUGCAUGGCUUCAACAGAAGCUUCUGUGGAAAGAAUGCCACUGUGUAUGGUCAAGGGGUGUAUUUUGCUGUUAACUCGGCCCUGUCCAUCCAGGAUCAGUAUUCUCCCCCCAAUGCAGACGGACACAAGUUUGUGUUUGUGGCCAAGGUUUUGACUGGGGACUUCACUAAUGGCCGUCACUCCAUGAAGACUGCUCCUCUGAAGGAAACUUCUGAGAUACCACUCAGAUAUGACAGUGUGGCAGAUAAGACUGGCAAUCCUUCUCUCUUUGUUAUCUUCAAUGACACACAGGCCUACCCUGAAUAUCUAAUAACAUGUCAGAAGAUUCCCCGCUGAAGGAUGGAGUGGUGGAUAAUGAAUGACAUCCAAAGAACAACUAAAAGCACUGGCUCUGUUUUGUUUAACUUUAUUUGCUGUUGAGAAUAGUUUGUUGACUUUCUGUUUGAAAACCAGGACUAAGAUAAUAAUGUGUGUUUUUUCAUGUACCUUCAUUUGUAUUAUAUUUCUGAUUCCCCCUACAGUUUAACAUUUAAAACGAUGUCCUUUUACAGCAUAAUGAUCCGCUAAUUAUUUUCCAUUAAAAUGAAACAGUUGUAAAUGUUCACUGUGCACUUUUAUAUCUCGUUGCUGUAGUGUCCUAAAACCAGGUGGGACUGUCUGAGGGUGCACCCUUAGAAUUGCCUUUCUUCAUAAAACUCAUGUUCUUUAUUUCUACAAAACUAAAUAUAAGACUUAUGGUCCUUCUAGACAGUUAUUUUUGUAACAGUAUUACGACUAGAAAAUCUUCAAUAUUUUGUUGCAGAUUUGAUCAGUCUAACAAAUUCAUGAAGUAUUUGAAAAAGUGAAUGUAAAAGCUAAGUAAACAUUUUAUACCAUGUAGUGUGAUGUCUUCACUAUUCUAGAAUGUGGAAGAUGGUAAAACUAAAGAAAUACCCUUAAAUGAGUAUGUGGGUCAAAACGGGACUGCUACUGUAUGUACUGUAGUUAAGUUCAAUUUUAUACAUUUAGAAAUGACUAGUUACGGACAACAGUAAACGGAAUUCUAGAUGUAAUACUGACAGUCCAUUACAUACUUGGAAAUGUGCUUCUAAACCAGAGGUGUCAAACCGGUUCCACGG